AGCGGCACCGCUCCUACCGCAUCAGAGGGUCCCGCCGCUCCUCGCCAUGCUGCCGGCGCGCCUCCUCCCAGGGCGGCUGCUGUCCGCCUCGCCGCUCCGCCUGCCCGCGCCGCGGGGAGCAGCCGCCGGGGAGCCCGCCCGGAGCCCGGGCACCACCCGCGCCGAGCAGGCUCACAGGGUGGUUGCAAGUUACAAGCCUUCGAAGUUUGACAAAAAAAUCCUCGUCUGGACUGGGCGUUUCAAGACAGAAGAAGAUAUUCCUCAGAGGAUCCCGCCAGAGAUGCUAGAUAAGGCAAGGAACAAAGCUCGAGUUAAAGCUUGUUACAUCAUGAUUGGACUCUCCAUCGUUGCCUGUUUUGCAGUGAUUGCCUCAGCUAAGAAGGCUGCUGCACGUCAUGAGUCCUUAACAAGCUGGAACUUGGCAAAGAAGGCCAAGUGGCGGAAGGAGGCUGCGCUAGCAGCAGAGGCAAAGACCAAGUAACUUCACACACAACGCUGAAUGUCCUUGUGGGAGCAAAAUUAACGGUUGCUGAGAGUGAUUAGUGAAUGUCCCCAGUAACCAGACAGCUGUAGUAUUGUACACACAGGAGCCAAUAAAAGUAGUUACAGGAUCACAAAAAGAACUGGAGGGUCUCUUCAUUAGAGAUGCUCAAUGUCCUUGUUGCAUAUAAUUAAGAUUAAAGUGUUUUGCAUAUGAUUGAAAUUAAUUACUGCUUUUAAAGGAGAAGAGGUAGUUUCUUAAGAAUGACAGGUACGUUUGGUUAAAUAUUUGCAAAACAUAUUUAAACCCCCCAAAAUUUGUCUCGUGACAGUGCAGAGUUUUACAAUGCACAAAUCAGCCAGUU